GGAGCAGACUGAGAUGAACAGCUCCGAGCCUCUGCUGUCCAGCAAUGUGUGCAGGUUGAAGAAGGAGUCCCAUCUCUCUCUGAAGCGUUUUAGAGACCACCCAACGCUCUCGCUGCUUCAUGCUAGCACCGUUAGCUUCAGACGAAGGAUAAACCGAACUAAUCCCAACAGUUUGUGUGAAAACAGCCACUGACUGAAUGCUGGCUUCUGGAUAGUCCUUUCUCCGAUUCCCAGAGUUCAACAGUUCAACAACCCCCUCCUUCUCCCACCUUCAAACGCUGUUUGCAGAGGUCACUUACAGCGCGAGGCCGAGCUGACUAAUCAUCCAAGGUGUCAAGGCGGUACCUAUCCGAUGUCCUCUCCUCCCACAGUGUGAUGCGUCAUGGCUCCGGUGCUGAGUGGAGUGUGGUGGGGGCCGGAGGCCGGUGUCCUCGGGUCAGGAGCGGCAGCUGCUACAGGCGUGGCGUCAUGGCUGGGCAGUGGGCAGCUGGUCAUGGCCGUCACUCUCAGCACCCUGACUGCCCUGCUACUGCUCUCUGUGCUGCUGCUGCUGUGUGCCAGCUGCAAAGGACAGAAGAAAGCAGCCAAUGCACAUCCAGCAGGAGACCAUGAGAACCUCAUGAAUGGAGUGUCAGAGAGAGAGACUAUCAGCCAAUCAGCCGACAGUCCUGCGACUGAUGGGGCGGUCAGCACCUCUCACAAUGGUCCUCUUACCAGCGGUACAAUCCUCACGGACACCCAGGACACCAGUCCCCAGCCGUCAGAGGAGAUGCUCUCCAGCCAAUCAGAGCUCAGGUCCUCCAAGUGUCCUCAGGACCGUGAGCUUCCCAGUAUUCCUCCCAACAACGCCCUCAUCGGGGACGGACCCCCUGCCUCAGGGGACAGCACCUAUGAGGUGGUGAAGGAGAUGGCUUCUGCAUCACGUGAUGUCAGCGUUGAAGAUUCCCUGUAUGAGACGGUCAAGGAACUCAAAGACCCCCUGCCACAGCCUGGCCUCCCUAAUGGUACCAUCCAGCUGAGCUCGGAUGACCCUCCUCCUCAUCAUCCCCCUGCCCUUCUCAACGGCCACCUAAGCCCCUGCACACCUGAGCGGGGACCCCUGUGUGCAGGGGUCGAGUACGCCUCCGUCGACCUGAAUAAGAAGAGCCGCCACAGUGCCGACAUGGAGGCAAAGAGGCGCUCGGAUAAUGCUGGCGCUCCUACUCGUAAACCUCUGGAGGAGCCAGAGGAUGACUUACCUCCACCCGUGCCAGAGAAGGUUCUGGACGAAAAUGACAACCAGCCGGUGAUGAUGAAUGGGCUGGUGGGGGCCGGGCUGCACAACGGCGAGUUACCCUCCCCUCCGUCGCCCGCACCAGGGUUCGACAACCACAUUCUGUCAGACAGUGAGUUGGCGGUGUACUCUACUGUGAACAAACCAAACUGUAAUGAUGCUGUGAAUGAGGAAGACAAAGAGCACGACUACAGCAGCAUCGCAGAGAUCAAAGGUCUUGUCCCAGCUUCCUCCUCCAGUGACCUCUACGCCACUGUCAGAGAUAUCUACUCUCAACCUGACGAGCCCAGCCCAGGGGAAGACCCCAUCCUGGACAGCACGGACCCUGGCUACGAAACCAUCCGCAUCCCAAAGACUAGCAGCUCUGAUGAUGACCACAGGGUCGGCCUGGGGGCAGAGGGUUCAGACGCUGCCAAAACAGAGCCCGACUAUGAGAGCGUCGGAGAGUUGGGUUUGAGCCGGGAGGCAUCCCGUCUUUGAAUUUCCCCCUCCUCAUCAUCUUUGACAAUGACAGUGAAGCCCUCCUCACUUACAUCACUGUAGUGCUUUAAAACUGCUAUCCAGCAUGCUUUUGUGGCAUGACUUGGGUAAAUCUGCAGAAAAUGACUCAGCAUCUUCAACGCACGUGUGUCCUCUUUACAGCUUGGGUACGACUUAUCAUAUCAGAACCUUUAAUUUAUCAACCAGGUGAAUGUCAGCGAUACUGGUACUAGAAAAUGAACUGUAGUACCUCAGUCAUUGGGCCCUGAACAUGUGAUUGAGAGUGCCGAGGACACAAUAAACACGUUAUUAUGACAAAAGAUAAAUGUAUAACUAAAUAUCCAAUCACUCCUGUUAAGGACAGUAUCUGUGUCCCAAGAAUUUAGUGCCAUAAAAUCAUAAAAUUCAUGCACUUGCUGUAGAUAUGAAGGUUACAUUUUUGGUAUUUUUGCGGCUGCUAGUGACAGCCCAGCUUCUUCCAGAUGACUCAGUGUCAUAUUUUAUUGAGUUUCAGAUGGUGUAAUAUUAGGCUUUUUUUGUAUCAGAUUGGCAGCAAGCCUUGUUCUCACAUGGAGUUUUUCAGGACCUCAGGAUGCAGGACAUGACGUAGAAAGGAUGACAGCAUACAGAGCAACAAAGUCCAACAGUAUCAUAAAAGUUGCUGCCUUUAUAUCAGUGCAUCAACAAACAUACCUGCAAGCAGGACAAGUAUAAAGUAGCUCAAGUUCGCUGUAAAUGUCAUCACCUGCAGUCUCUCCUGACUUAUUUCCUGCUGCUUUCACACUUUGACUGGCCCUAAUUUCUCAUUGAAACCCCCAAAGGGACUAGCAGGAAAAUUCAAGAUGGUUCAAGGUGUUAAAUUUGGAAUUAUAGGGUUUUUUUUGGUCUAAACAUCAGUUAAAUAUUCCUGUAAUGUUUCAAAUUUAACAUUCUUAAGACUACACCUUCAAAUACAUGUAGUCAUGCUGAGGCUACAUACAAAACAUUUCAUUUGUUGAGACUUUUCUCAGCAUAAAUGUAACUUCAACAUGUUACAGGUCAGGAAAUAUGACACUAUUCAUCUUAAAAAGAAAUGUCACAAAGAAAGAUAGCUUCACACAAACUUACUGUUUCUCUAUAAUUCUCUUGACAAUGUUUUGUUAAAUUCAUAUUUAUUUGAAUAUACAUAUUGUUAUGUAAUUGUAAAAUGUUAUAUGGUGGGUCUGUGAGACAAAAGUAGGGUUUUAUAGAAGUUUCUAGCAUUUUUUACAGAUAGGAAAUGAAAGUAAGUUGUGAUUUCCAACACUUGUAAAGGUACGCUUUCCCCUGCCUUUUUUUUUUGUCGUUGUUAAAAAAAUUAGGAUGAGAACAUAUUUUUGUUUUUUACACCUGCUUUUGGUACAAUUGUACAGUCUUGAGUUGGCACCGUGGAUGAUUUUGAAGCACAACUUUUCAUAUCAUGGUACUGCUUUUAUCAAAAGCACCACCACAAUCCAGUUCCGUCUCUGCACAAUUUGAAUAUCUAUUGCUUUGUAACUUACUUGUAGCACUCUGAGAAAAAAAAAAACUGUCUGUUUGUAGCUUGUACUGACGACAUGCCAACUGAGGCUUGUAUAUAGUAUUAUAAGAGCACUAUUUUAACCAACUGUUACUCGCUGGAAGUUUUAUGUACGCUUUACUUAUUUGUUAUUACAAUGUCCAGAGUGGUAUAAUUUUAGAAUAAGUCUUUAAAAGCACUGAUAUACUGUAUGUCUGGCUUGUUUUUAGGAAACCAUGUUGUCCUGUGGCUUUUUAUCUUGUACUGCUACUCCAAAAAUAAGUAACCAGUCACAUGUCAGAAUCAUGGUACAACGUUCUGGUACACUGAAGUGUGGUACUUUUAUUUAAAAAGAAAAAUUCCUCAAUACUGUCUUUUAAAUGAUUUUUGCUGUAAAUAUCUCUGUCACUGCCUCAGUUUCCCUUUGAUGAAAUAUUGGUAUCAUCCAUGCACAUCAAAAUUUUACAGCACUACAGCCUUAGUUCAGGUUUCAUAAGACAUGCAGGAGCUUAGACAAGCCUACUCUGACUGGAUAUAAACUCAUAAAUGAUAUUAGAUAUAUAAAAUGCUGUUACAUCCUCCAGGGCUGUAAUCGAGUAGCAUUAUUUUAUGAGCAAACUGUGUUCAAAAAUUGUGUUCAUUUCUAAAAAAAAAUGGUAAUUAUCCUUGUAAUGCACACUCAAAUAAUAACAGCACCUUUGCAACCAAUAAAUGUGCCUAUGUAUCAGGAUGAUGCUAUUAUUUUGGUUAUAAUGGUCACUAUAAAUGAUCUCAAAGGAAAUGAUCUGUCAGAGUGGGUGUUUUAGUGCCAAAUAUAAUCAGGACAACACACACACACAGCCAGUAAACAGAUACUUACCGAAAAUAAUAUAUUCUCUCAGCUGUCUGUCUUGUCUUAAAAACACAAUCCCCUUGAGGGAGUUGGGGGGGUGCUGAGAUGCUCCCUCACUGUCUCUCCUUCAGCUCUACUCCUCCCAUAAUGAGACCAUUUGUUCCCACUACAACCAGCAGACAACUCCAUGCUGACACCUGCCUUUGAUCACAGGGCAGAGCCGGGUUUUGAACGUUAUAGCCACAUCUGUCUCUCCACUCUGUCUGCUUCCCCAUUCUGUGCAUGUAAAUAUUUUAUGACAUGAAUUGUUCUAUUAAAAAAAUAUA